UCAACGUCUAGUGGAGCAACAACAACUGUGCCUGACAGUACAAAAUCUACAGAUGCAUCAACCGCAACUGUGCCUGACUCCACAACAAGUACUGAUGCAUCAACAACUUUGGCUACCAAUGUCUUACUUCAGUCAUCAUCAACUCUGGCACCAACAUCAACAACAUCUGAUGCAACAACCACAACUCUGCUUGACACCAAUACAACUAUUGAUGUGACAACAACUUUAUCUUCCCAAUCCACCGAAUCAACAUCAUCAACUAUUGCACCAACAUCGACAGCAUCUGUUGCUUCUACUACAGAUCUGUCUGACACCACAACAAGUACAGAUACAACAACAUCUUUGGCUUCCACAACCACCGCUCAGUCAUCAUCACAUACUUCACCAACAUCAAUAGCUAAUGGAGAAACAACAACUGUGACUGAGACCACAAUAUCUAGUUAUGCGACAACAACUUUGGAUUCAGGAACCGCACCGCUAAUUGUAACAACUGAUGCAUCAACCACAAGUCUGUCUGACAGCACCACAUCUACAGAUGCAACAACAACUUUGGCUUCCACAACCAUGCCCCAAACAUCCUCAAGUAUUUCAUCAUCAACUCUGGCACCAACAUCAACAACAUCUGAUGCAACAACCACAACUCUGCUUGACACCAAUACAACUAUUGAUGUGACAACAACUUUAUCUUCCCAAUCCACCGAAUCAACAUCAUCAACUAUUGCACCAACAUCGACAGCAUCUGUUGCUUCUACUACAGAUCUGUCUGACACCACAACAAAUGCAUCAACCGCAACUGUGCCUGACUCCACAACAAGUACUGAUGCAUCAACAACUUUGGCUACCAAUGUCUUACUUCAGUCAUCAUCAACUCUGGCACCAACAUCAACAACAUCUGAUGCAACAACCACAACUCUGCUUGACACCAAUACAACUAUUGAUGUGACAACAACUUUAUCUUCCCAAUCCACCGAAUCAACAUCAUCAACUAUUGCACCAACAUCGACAGCAUCUGUUGCUUCUACUACAGAUCUGUCUGACACCACAACAAGUACAGAUACAACAACAUCUUUGGCUUCCACAACCACCGCUCAAUCAUCAUCACAUACUUCACCAACAUCAAUAGCUAAUGGAGAAACAACAACUGUGACUGAGACCACAAUAUCUAGUUAUGCGACAACAACUUUGGAUUCAGGAACCGCACCGCUAAUUGUAACAACUGAUGCAUCAACCACAAGUCUGUCUGACAGCACCACAUCUACAGAUGCAACAACAACUUUGGCUUCCACAACCAUGCCCCAAACAUCCUCAAGUAUUGUCAUCAUCAACUCUGGCACCAACAUCAACAACAUCUGA